AUGUUUUCCGUUCCCUUCCCCUACGACGAGGGUUUUAGGGGGAAGCCCGGUGCUGAAAAUAAUUCAGAAUCUCUCAGAAAAGAGCUAACGGAUGUACGGAGGUUGCUGGCAGACGGUAAUUUCGAGAAGGAGAAGUAUCACAAUACGAACAAAGAGCUAAGAGAUCACAUCAAGAAAACGGAGAGCGAAAAACGGGAGCAAGCUAGACAGCUGGAAGAUGCCUACAAAGCUAUCUCAAAUCUCGAAGAUAUCAAAGUGAGCCUAGAAAACGAGAGAAAUCGACUUCAAAACCAAAUCAGAAACCUGGAGACUGAACAGCUGCAGAUCGAACACAAGAAAACAAAGAGUAUCCAAACUAAAGUAUGCAGAGAAAAUGAAACAAAAUAUCCUAAACGAGAUUCAGAAUAUGGGCUUCCAUUAGAAAAAAAAACGCAAGUUAAAACUAUGCUAUCACCAAGAAAGUAA